GUUUUUGGCACCAGAAGUGCCCGGAAAGUCGUCGAAGAACGUCGCCAUCCACGGCAGCGCCGGCGAGCCCCUGCGCCUCGCCCGCGGCGGCUGGAUCACGCUCCUGCUCAACAACGCGUCCCACGCGGUCGUCCGCCACGUCGACGUCGCCGCGGCCCGCGACGGCGUCAACGUCAUCUCGUCGCGCCACGUCAAGCUCGACCGUUUGCACGUGCGCGGCGGCUCCGACGACGCCAUCGCGCUCAAGUCGGACUGGGCGCUGCGGCGCGUCCUGCCCAUGUACGACGUCCAGGUCACGAACUCCGUCGUCCGCUCGGAGAAGUGCAACGGCCUGCAGAUCGGCUCGGAGACCGUGGGCAACAUCUCCGACAUCUUAUUCCACAACGUGACGGUGCUCGGCGCCGCCAAGGCGGCCAUGUCCAUCGUGACCAUGGACGGGUCCCACAUCUCCCGGGUCCGCUACGAGCGGAUCCGCGCGCAGAACGUGCAGGCCCUGGCCUUCAUCGUCGUCGGCGCGCGCCUGCGGCGGCCGGGCAUCGGCGAUGCUCAAGUUGUGAUGGACGAGUGGAUCGGCACCAUUUCCGACGUGUCCAUCAACAACGUGCUCGCGCACAACCUCGAGCUCUACGUGGGCAGCGACUUGGCCGUCGACGCCUUCAUGGGUCACCUCGAGCUCGCGACGUCGGCCCCUUCCUCGCUCUACGCCAACUGCUUCCGGCGCCUCGGCCCGGCCUUCGAGGUCCUCGGCGCGGCGCGGUCGGCGCGGUCCAAGGCGCUCUGGGAGGGCGAGGACUCGCCCAACCGGCGGGCGCGCACCGCCGGGUCCGCCGCGCGUCGCGCGACCGCGGUCGAGGAGGGCCGGAGUGGAGGCAUCCGGAAGUACGCGACGCCCGCGGAGGCGGCGGCUGCGAAUCGCGCGACGAGCGCUGCGAAAAAUGCGAGGGUCAAGAGCGACGGGCGCGCGUGCUACCUGCCGGGCGGUUGCGACGGCUCGAGUGGCGGGUGCGAGAUGUUCGGGUGCGAGAUCCCCGAGGGCUACAAUUGCCGGCCGGCGCUGGUCGAGAUGCUCACGCACUGCGCGACCUGCCGCCGCCGCGCCAAGGUCAUCCUCGGGGCGCCGGAUCCUCGCUCCCCGGAUCUCAUCCCGGCGGCCGAGAAAUCGCCAGGGCCGUGGUUCUUCACGGCGCUGUCGCUCGCGAAGGCGGCGAACGUCUGCCCCGUCAUGGGGCAGUACAACGAGAGCCGCUACAAGUCGGCGGCGACGCUGGCCCGGGAGAAGCGGCGGCUGGAGGGUAAGUAG